AUGGAAAAUGAUGAAAACGAAGCAGAUGAUACUGGGAUCUCAAUCGAUGGCAGAAAAAAAAGGAUACUGGCUGAAAUGGGAUAUGAUUCGGUCAGUGCUGAACUCGAUACUCAAGUGGAAUAUACAGCAGACAUUGAUGAGAAAGCAAUCAGGAGAGACAAACCUGAGGAUUUGGUUGUGGCUAUAGCUCAAGCUAAGGCUGAUGAGAUUAUAUCCAAACCUGGAGGUGUCAUUAGAGAAAAACCAACCACCAAGGAUGAAGCUCGCCUUUUUAUCAAAGGCUAUUCCGGCUCACACGGAGGUGUUGUGGGCUCUGUUUUGGUUUAUUUCCAUGAGAUUCCAGAAAAAGUCAUUGACGAUAUCUUGUAA